UACUGCCCUCUCCUCCCAUCUCCUCUGCGCCCAACAUGGCGGAACCGAGCGGCUUGAGCGAUGAGGCUGCCUAUGGCGCCUGCUCGGAGCCGGAUCCCAGCACGAAGGAUUUUAUAUUUCAGCAGACAAUGUUAAGAGUAAAGGAUCCUAAGAAGUCACUGGAUUUCUAUACAAGAGUUCUUGGGAUGACACUGCUUCAGAAAUUUGACUUUCCUCCCAUGAAGUUCUCACUGUUUUUCCUGGGUUAUGAAAAUAAAAAUGAUAUCCCAGAAGAUAAAGCUGAGAGAACACCUUGGACCUUCUCCAGAAAAGCUACACUUGAACUGACACACAACUGGGGCUCUGAGAAUGAUGAAAAGCAGUCCUAUCAUAAUGGCAAUUCAGAUCCCCGAGGAUUUGGGCACAUUGGAAUUGCUGUCCCUGAUGUCAAUAAAGCUUGUAAGAGGUUCGAAGAACUAGGAGUGAAAUUUGUGAAGAAACCAGAUGAUGGUAAAAUGAAAGGAAUUGCAUUUGUUCAGGAUCCCGAUGGCUACUGGAUUGAAAUUUUGAAUCCUAACCAUAUGGUGACUCUCACUUAGAUCUAAGUGAAUACACUGUAUAAAAGAUACAAACUUCUAAUUCCCUGGAGAAAAUCUAUAACAGUAUUUGUGAAAUUCUUGCUUAAUGGAGAGGAAUCAAUUAUGUUCAGAUUUUCUUCUAAAAUUAAAGUGAGGCUUCCCAACUGUUCUCCUGUGAUGCCACUGCUAUUUGCUUCCAGUUUGGAAUCCUCACCCAUCUUUUAAAGAGCACGAAUAUGUACUCUGCUCUUAAACAGACUGUACCAAUAUUUCACUAAACUCUCUAAGAUGCAUGACUAGAAGUUUACAUCAUCUCACACUACCUAGAUUUAAACUAACAAAAAAAGAUCCUGCAUUAUUGCUGAUGAGCUUCACUGAGGAGCAUAUAUAAUGUAUAUUUUUUUCAUUAAGUCAAAGGAUAUCCUGAAGGCUUUGUGCACUUCCCUGUUUAUUAGAAAUAAAAUAUCAGAUUUCUUACCUGAGUAGCAGCAUAUUUGUGAAAGUCUUACUUACAUUAUGCCAAGCAAAAUCCCUUAUUGACCAGACUUAAAAAGCUUUGCCCGGAACAAGAAACUUUGGAGAGGCAGUAAAUUAGUCCAGCAGGAAGAAUUCAGUAUUUAAACUUUUGGCUGCUGAUUGCCAGACAACGUAAUAGGUCUCAUAGAUUCUGACAGUGGCCCUUCUUGUCUCUUCCAACACUAGAGCUUGUUCAUAAUUUGUGUUUUGAUGCAAGUCUGGGCUGUAUUCCACUUACAGGCUCCGUACAAUUCUGUUUCAGGAAUGUAAGGAAAAAGAGCAUCUAAAAUAGCUUCCUACUAGUAGGCAUUUUGAUCUGCCCCUUCAAAGUCAGUGAUGGUUACUGAAAUUAAACUUGUAUAUUUGUAUGAAGAGUUGCCAAGUUUUGGUUAACAAAACCAAAGCAAAUUUUUCUCUGCACUGUUUAUUGUGAUUUUUCCUACUAGCACGUAACUCCUAUUGAGUUCAGUUAUGUGACUAUUGGAUAAUGAAAUGGCAUUGCAAUUCACUUUGAAAUAAAGCACUGAUGAAAAGUCA